ACACUCCGCGUUCCUUUCCUGGGGCUGAAACGGGCUCUGGUAGUCAAUUCUCCUUCCUUCUAACUCCAGGCACCAAGGCGGGUGGGAUGAAAAUUCCUUAUUUAGCCAAUUGUUUUCCCUCUUCUCUCCGUGAACUUCCCGGCCUUCCUCAUUCCUCUUCAACUUGUGCUCACACCUCUUUUUAAAUGUUCGAAACACCAUCUCUCAAGCUAUGGCAUAACUUACCGUACUUCAAUAGCCGCACGUUUCUUAUGUGUGCCAGGCAGGGGACCAGGCCCGGAGUGGGGAGCAGAACACAGGCGAACAAGACAUGAACCCCACCCUCUAGGUCUCACAGCUGAUUGGCACAAACAGGCCAGUCUACAAUUUCAGGCUAAAGAGAAGCCCCAUUUGUCUGGAGCACCAGGCCAGGGCUUGGGAAGUAGGAGGCUUUUAUGGAAGGCAGCUAGUAAGUUUUAGGAGUCGAUCCACCUUCCUGGGAAAGUGAAAGCAUUCAGGUGGAGGGAACACAGAAGCAAAUGCCGAGUUGGAAGGGGCUCGGCCUCGGCGGAUGCAGGACAGAAGAGAUCACUUGCAAAGGCAGGUGAGGGCUGCUCACGGAGGCUCUUGAACGUCAGGCAAAACUUGACCCCCCCCGGGGGGCGGGGCUGCAAGCACCCUGGGUAGACCCGGGUGCCCGAAAGACCCGGGUGCCCGAAGGUCGCUGAGUCUUGCCCCUCUCCGGCCGGGGACGCGCUAUGGGACUACUGAUCGCCAAGCUGAUGAGCAUCUUCGCGAACCAGGAGCACAAGGUCAUCAUCGUGGGACUGGACAAUGCGGGAAAGACCACCAUUCUCUACCAGUUCCUGAUGAAUGAGGUGGUCCAUACAUCUCCCACCAUCGGUAGCAACGUGGAGGAGAUUGUUCUGCAAAAGACACACUUCCUCAUGUGGGACAUAGGGGGACAGGAGGCUCUGCGCUCUACCUGGAACACGUACUACUCCAACACUGAGUUCAUCAUCCUUGUGAUUGACAGCACGGACCGGGAUCGGCUGCUGACCACUCGGGAGGAGCUGUACAGGAUGCUGGCCCAUGAGGCUCUGCGAGAUGCUUCCGUCCUGAUCUUUGCCAACAAGCAGGAUAUGAAGGACUCCAUGACCACCGUGGAAAUCUCUCAACUCCUCACUCUUAGUGCCAUCAAAGACCACCCGUGGCACAUACAGGGAUGCUGUGCCCUCACUGGGGAAGGGCUGCCCGCGGGGCUCCAGUGGAUGCAGUCUCAGACCACUGCCAACUGAUGUCCCAGGCCGAGGCCAUCCAGAUACUUUGGGGGUUUUGCUUGGACUACGUGGGUGGAAAACCCAAGUGACUAUUCCUUUUCUACGAUUCUCGGAUGGGAGCUGGGUCGGCUAUGGACAGUGAGGUGAGAUUGCCACAGUCCACCCAACCCUGUGAGCUUGACUGCAUGCCCUGAAUUGCUGGAGACAGGACAGCAGAAAAGCUGCCCUUUCCUCCGUGGAAGCAGGUGUCCUUGGAGGCACCAGGCAAGCUGUCGGACAUGUUGAGGGAUUAGGACGUGGAGCCCAGUCCUGCAGCCCUUGGCCUGCAGCCUCUUUGAGGAAAAAAUGGGGGGGGGUGCGGAGUAAGAGACCCCCUGGAAUUGCUCUUUAUUUCCUAGAACCCCACCCCCGGCCCCUUGGCUCCCACCCCAGCUCUCUGGGCCCUCAGCCAUCUUUGAGGAAAGGAGAUUCCAGAGAGGUGAAGGGGCGGGCUCAAGGGAAGGAGGGCAAAGCCAAAAACUGGUGGGAAGGGAGAGGGAGGAGGACGGGACACCCCAGACGGGGACAGUCCCUUGCAUGGCGGGGAGUCCCACUCCUCCCAGGCCUUUCUGUUCCCUCUGAGAUGCUGGCUCUGACCACAGCUUGUGAGCGUUCAGCCGUCUCAUCCUAUGCCCUUCAUUCCCGGUCCUUUCAAUGUGAAUCCCAUUCCUCCCAAAUUUCCCUGAUUCCUACAGAGUGCCUACCUUGACCCUCUUUUGUAAUGAAUUUUUUCCACAUUGUUUUAGAAUUUUUAUAACAGUGUAAUAAAUGCCAUUGAAAACUG